UUACCAAAACCCAUUUACCGUUUAAAGUGUUUGCCUCGUCUUCGUCAUCCUUUUCUUGGUUUCAUAAAGGAUACGUGCCACCUUGCUUUCUUCCCCCAAAAGAACAGAAUAGAUAUGGCAACUUCUUCACUGAACCCAGCCCUCUUUCCAAUUUCCUCUUUUAGCCUACAGUUUUUGGAUUCUCUUUUUUUGAGUUUACUCUUCAAUUUAUACUCUCUACUGGGUGUUUCUUGAGAUGGAGUUUUAGCCCAAGAAUGUGGGUUUUUAACAUGAGGUUAAUGGGAAAGCUAACAAAACUGUUUUCUAUCAUAUGGGUACUUCUUCUUAAUGAUUUUGUUUCUUGCCAGAGGCCUAAAUUUGUAAAUAUAGGUGCAGUUUUUACUUUUGAUUCUGUUAUUGGUAGAGUUGCAAAGCCAGCAAUGGAAGCUGCAGUUUCUGAUAUUAAUAAAGAUACAAGAAUUCUCAAUGGGACAGAGUUAAAACUCUUCAUGGUGGAUGCUCAGUGUGAUGUCUUUUUGGGUUCUGUUGGAGCUCUCCGGGUACUUGAGAAAGACGUAGUGGCCAUAAUUGGGCCGCAGUCCUCUGGAAUAGCUCAUAUGAUUUCUCAAUUUGCGAACGGUCUCCAAGUUCCUCUUAUUUCGUAUGCUGCUACUGAUCCUACUCUUUCUGCACUUCAAUUCCCUUUUUUUGUGAGAACUACACAAAGUGACUCUUAUCAGAUGGCUGCCAUGGCUGAAUUAGUUGACUUUUACGGGUGGAAAGAGGUGAUUGGAAUUUAUGUGGAUGAUGAUCCUGGGAGGAACGGGAUAAAUGCUUUCGAUGAUGAACUUGAAAAGAAAAUGGCAAAAACGUACAAAUUGCAAUUGUCUGUCAAUUUUGAUGAAGCUGAAAUAACGGGGUUGCUCAAGAAAUCUAAAUCGCUUGGUCCUCGUGUUUAUGUUGUUCAUGUUAAUCCAGAUCCCAGAAUGAGAAUCUUUACUGUUGCCAAAAAGCUCCAAAUGAUGACCGACAAUUAUGUUUGGUUUGCAACAGAUUGGCUUUCUGCUACGGUAGAUUCAUUUUCUCGAAUAAAUCGAACUGAACUCAGUGUUCUUCAUGGGGUAGUUGCACUUCGUCAGCAUAUUCCAGAGUCCAGCCAGAAAAGAGCUUUUGUGUCUCGGUGGAGGGAAAUGCAGCAAAAAGGGUUAGUAAGCUCUGAGCUGAAUACCUAUGGACUUCAGGCUUAUGAUACAGUCUGGGCAGUUGCAUAUGCAAUUGAUAAUUUCAUUAAUGAAUUCAAAAAUAUCACGUUUCCUUUGAAUCAUGAACUUCUUGAGAUGAAAACAUCUGAAUUACAGCUGAGGGAGCUUAAAAUAUUCAAUGGUGGGAAUGAUCUACUUAACAAAAUAUUGCAGUUGAACUUUACCGGUUUAAGUGGUCACAUUCAAGUUAAUCAAGACCGGAAUAUUGAGAGUGGUGGUUAUGACGUCAUUAAUAUUGUCCACACAUCUGUUCGUACUGUUGGCUAUUGGUCUAGCAGCUCAGGUUUCUCGCUUUUACCCACAGAGACCCACCAAGGGGAACAAACAAACUAUUCCCAUGUGGAUCAGAAGCUUCAGAACAUUACAUGGCCUGGUGGAAAAAUGGAAAAGCCACGUGGUUGGGAGAUUGCUGAUGAUGAAAGACCAUUGAGAAUUGGAGUGCCAAGAAGAGCGAGUUUUGUUGAUUUUGUUACUGAAGUGAACCAGAGCCAUAAAAUUGAAGGAUAUUGUAUAGAUUUGUUUCUUGAAGCAAGGAAACUAAUCCCAUAUUAUGUACCUUACAGGUUUGAACCUUUUGGGGAUGGUCAGUCCAAUCCUAGUUAUAAUGAGCUUGUACGGAUGGUCGCAGAAGAUGUACUUGAUGCUGCUGUUGGAGACAUUGCAAUUGUAACAAACCGGACAAAAAUAGUGGAUUUUUCUCAGCCUUAUGCUGCUAGUGGUCUCGUCAUUCUGGCUCCUAUCAGAAAUUCAAAAUCAAGUGCUUGGGUAUUUCUUAAACCAUUUACAGUGGAGAUGUGGUGCGUCACAGCAGCCUCUUUUCUGAUGAUUGCUGUGGUCAUUUGGAUUCUUGAGCAUCGAGUCAAUGAUGAAUUUAGGGGUCCUCCUAGAAGGCAGAUUGUAACAAUGUUCAUGUUCAGCUUCUCAACACUAUUCAAGACAAAUCAAGAAACUACCAUAAGUCCACUUGCGCGCAUGGUGAUGGUGGUAUGGCUUUUCGUAUUGAUGGUGAUAACUGCAAGCUAUACAGCGAGUUUGACUUCAAUCCUUACAGUAGAGCAGCUUUCAUCACCCAUUACUGGAAUCGAUAGCUUGAUUGCAAGUAAAUGGCCUAUAGGAUACCAAGUAGGGUCAUUUGCUUAUGAAUACCUAUAUGAAAGUCUUUAUAUAUCUCGUUCUAGACUUGUUCCUCUUGGGACCCCAGAGGAGUAUGAAAGAGCAUUGAGGUUGGGGCCACAAAAUGUAGGAGGGGUGGCUGCAGUAGUAGAUGAGCUUCCAUAUGUAGAGCUGUUUCUUGCAAAACACGGUGACUUUGGGAUUAUUGGGCAACCAUUUACCAGGGGUGGUUGGGGAUUUGCUUUUCAAAGAGAUUCUCCGCUUGCUCUUGACAUGUCUACUGCAAUUCUAAAACUUUCUGAGACGGGAGUACUCCAAAAGAUCCACGAGAAGUGGUUCUGUAAGAAAGGCUGUGCUGGAGAGAAAAGACAGAAGUCUGAGCCUAACCAACUUCGUUUGAUUAGCUUCUGGGGUCUAUAUCUUCUAUGUGGCGGUGUCACUCUUGCUGCGCUUCUUCUGUUUCUACUAAGAGCAGUUCGCCAAUUUGUGCACUACAAACGUAGGCAAAUGCAGCAGGUCCCUCCAUCCGUAAUUUUAUCAACUACCAGAUGUUCUCAAAUCAUUUUUCACUUUUUCGAUUUUAUUGACAAGAAAGAAGAAGCUAUCAAGAAGAUGUUUAUGCAGUGUGAUCAUCCGGCACCCCAAGUGAGCUUGGAAAGAUCAUAAUCUUAACUGAAGGAGAUUGGAGGAUCUGCCAAGAAUUUAAUUCCAAUUCUCGUAUAUACUCAUUUUGUGCGCUAAAUGUAAAGAACUAUGUAAUAUAGGUAUUUAACUUGUAAAUAUCUUUGUUUUAUGUUUUAUGGUAUAAAAAUGUUGUAAUAAGUUUCCCCUGUCAUGAUAGGUAAAAUCUGUCGGAGCAGUGAAUAUAAGUCAUGUGGUAUCAUUAUUCUAAUAAGAUUCUUGUGAUUAAUUGCUCUGGUGGUACUAUAUAUUAAAUUGCUACUAUAAUUUUGUUUC